CAUACAAAAGUACUGAGUCUCUUUGCAUAUAAAAGGCGCUUCAACAUUCGAUGCCUGCACAGUUCUUUUAGAAACUAGUGCGUGUGAAGUAAAAAUGUUUAAUCUUCGACAUUUGGUAUUUCUUGUGGCAAUUUGCUCUAUUUUUAACUAUGUGUCAACGUGUAAACUCUCUGUUAACGGGAUGUCGCCAUUGUUCACGCAAAAUUUCGGAACCAGAACUUUAGCUUUCAAAGCGCGUCAAGGUGUUUUGUAUUUUGAAGACUCAGUCAAAACGUAUUGUGGUGAUAAAGGAGUCAGCAUAAAAGCGUAUGACACUGAUGCUGAAGAAAACUUUUUAUCUGAAGAGGAAAAUAUAGUUCAGUUCGAGUGCAGUAAUGAUAAUAUUUAUAUAAAUAAAAAUAAAAAUAUUUAUGUAGAUGUAGAAGUCUCAUGCUCGGAUAAAAUGGUAGAAUUAAAACUGUACGAAAGUGGAAGAGUUCUACAAAAAUGUGAUGGAUUCACCAAUUAUGCAAUCGGUACCAUAGAGGAUGAUGGCAGCAAUGUGAUCAAAGCUGGCAUCUGUUACGAUCUGGACGCAUUAACACUGAAGUUCGCCGUGUACGUCGUCUCUUCUAAAAAUGCCUUCACAUUCGAAAAGGCACGUAACUCCAGAGUGCUGCCCGUAAGUCUCGAUUUCGACCUGAAAACCAACGGCUUUGACAAAUACUUUGAUCUGGUAAAUAAGAACUCUUUGAAUGGCGAUUUGGCAAAUCAAUUUCAAGUCGAAAGCUUAAUACAGCAUGCAGUACACUUAAUGCAAUAUGGUGGCGACAAUUGCGUGGGGGGAAUUGGCACCAUUUCAUCGAAGCGCUUGACCAACGAACGAAAUCUGCCAAAAAAUCAUACACAGUUAGUACGGGCACCUAUGGCAACAUCACCAUGCCUUCGCCUACGAAUAAUUGCACUUCGCUAAAACCCGAAUUACUAACGGUAAAAACUAAAGAAACGGAGGUAUUGGUACCGGCAUAUGUGUGGGCCUACGUCAAGUCGCUAGAUGCCGAUGAUGCGGAAGAAUUCGUUGUUAUCGGACAUAAUUCACCUUAUACUAUAGACCCUAACCACAAUGCAUUCUGCGCUGCUGAUAUGUGCGACACAAUUGAGUGGUUGAAGAAAAGCGAAUUUGGCUAUUUGCGACGUCUACCAGGACUCGGCUACACUUUCUGCUGUCACCCAGAGGGGGUGGCCAAUAUUAUCGAUUAUUUUCCCUUAUCUCCAGCCACACAGUGGGGGGAUACAACCGAUGAUGAAACUAAACUAAAGAGUGCAGAU